UUUUUCUCUAAAAUUUCUUUUGAAAAUUCCCGACCCACCAUUAUCUCAUCUCUCUUCACAGAUCUGCCGCCGGUGCCGCCAAGCAAGCCUCUGACCACCGUUCUGUCCCGGCCUCGUCCUUUUGUUCCUCCAGUCAGCUCAAUUCUCCUCCUUCUACAGUGCAUGACCCAAGCCCUCUCUUACCUUAAAGUCUCCAAUAGACCAAGAAGUUUAGUAAGGUAAAGGCUAACCAAAAAAAAUGGAAGAAGACCGCCGAGUUCACCCGGAUUGUAUCAACGCAUCGAAUCCGUACCAUGAAUGUGUUGAAUAUUGCUUUAGAAAGAUUGUUGAAGCCAAGGCAAAAAAGGAUCAAGAAAAACCAGAAACCGUGCAACGCGAGCAUGAUCAACCUGUUAGAUGUGUUGCUUACCAAGAACAAGAUGUACAAAGUGGAGCACCAGAACCAGAACAAAAUUCCGAUGAUGACAAUAAUAACCAGCUAGCUGAGGAGAACAUUGAAGGAGACAUUACAAAACUUACUGGUAGACAGAAAAAAUUAUUCGAGUUGAGACUAAAGAUGAACGAGGCAAGAAAAGCUAAUCAAACGGCUAUGGUGGCUGAAAAGAAACGAAUGGAAGCUCCACCAGAAUCUAGAGGAAUUUCUAAGCAAAAAUGGCUCGAGGAAAGGAAGAAAAAGAUUGGGAAACUUUUGGAUGCAAAUGGGUUGGAUUUGCAAAAAGCGUAUAUGCUCGAUACUCAAGAGGCAGCCGAGGCAAAAUAUAAGAAAUGGGAAAAGGAUCCUGCUCCGUUCGGUUGGGAUGUAUUCAAUCAGAAGACAUUGUACAAUGCAUACAAAAAACGGACAAAGAACAUCGACAUCGACUUAGAAGAAUAUAACAAAAUGAAAGAAUCUGACCCGGAGUUCUUCCGUGAAGCUUCGAGCCUCCAAUAUGGGAAGGCACCUAAGGUUUCGGAAGACAAGAUUGAUAAGAUGGUAAAGGAACUUAAGGACCGGGAAGAAAAACGCAAGUCAUUUAGUAGGAGGAGGAAAUUUCACGAUGAGAAGGAUAUCGAUUCGAUCAAUGACCGUAACGAGCAUUUCAAUAAGAAGAUCGAACGGGCCUUCGGGAAAUACACAUUGGAAAUCAAAAAUAAUCUCGAACGAGGAACCGCAUUGCCUGAUUAAGAUAGGGUUGGUCACACCAGAUUAGGGAUGACAGCGGAGUGGGACAGAAAAAGAUGUUAAAUUCACCAUUGUUACCUGAUCUUCCGUUUCUAGGCCCAAGCCAAUACCUCCAGGAAUUUGAGGAAUUUUUUAUUGCAUGAUACUUGGUUAUACAAGAAGAAGAAAGAAAUUAUCUAGCACUUCAUGUCGAUAUACUGUUUGAAAUUGCGUUUAUGUGUCAGAAGAAAGAUAGCUAUACUGAUUCGGUAUACUCUAAAAAUAUCUUUGGUAUAAUAUUGACGAUCUAUAUCAUCACCUUCUCGUUUUACUAUGGAUGUAUAAUAUUAAAAACUAUUAUCUUUAUGAAUGUUGGAUGUAUCCAUCUUGUCUCAACUCAA